GAAAAGAGUCACACGGGUCCGGGAUGCAGGAGAAAGAAGUUCCAGAUCAUUUCAGCCUCUGGAGCUGAUGGAGGAAACCUCCAGCUCCUCUCUGGACCAAAGUGCUUCAGCUGAAACAUGUCUGUAACUGUCAGUGUGUCAGAGGAAGCGUGUUUCUUACCGAGCGGUCAGAUUUAAAUCAGGGAUGCUCAGAUGUGCCGCUACAUGUUUGAUUCUUGGAUUCGUUUGGGGCGCAAAGACGGUCCAGACCUCAGAGGGUCCCCGAUGCUCCGCAGACCUGAAGGAGAUCAGCUCCAGCUCAGACUCCGUCGCAGUGCAGGUAACGUCGGCCGGUCUGUCCUGUAACUUCAGCCUGUUCUGCGUUCUGGACUCAUGGUCCAGUCCUGCCCACUGCAAGUCUGAUGGAGAGACCGGCAGCGCCACCAUCUGUAAUAUAACGGGACUGCAACCCGGGACAGUGUAUCAGCUGACAGCGGUUUCCAGGAAGGAUGGCGAGAUUAGCCACGGGACAGUUCAGACAGACCCAGUUGGCCCAGCUCAUCUGGACCUCCAGCUGGGCCCAGCUCGACCUCAUCCUAAAAGCCUGUUUACGGUUCUAAGUGGCUCGGCUCUGACGGUGUCCUGGACUCGGCCUACCGGUCGUGUGGACUGGUACGAUGUGACUCUGGAGGACACGAGCUCCGGAUCCCGGCGCAGGACCAGAAUCAAGGGCUCUCUGGGCCCAGCUCGACCUCAUCCUAAAAGCCUGUUUACGGUUCUAAGUGGCUCGGCUCUGACGGUGUCCUGGACUCGGCCUACCGGUCGUGUGGACUGGUACGAUGUGACUCUGGAGGACACGAGCUCCGGAUCCCGGCGCAGGACCAGAAUCAAGGGCUCUGCAGCCUCACAAACCGGGUUCACCUCCCUGAUUCCCGGGACUCUGUACAAAGUCAGUGUGGUAGCUUCAGCUGGGAACAAGAGCGCCUCACCUGUCCACGCAAUGACAGCUACAGCUCCCUCCUCAGUGGACGGCCUGCAGGUGGCGUCCUCUUCCUCACACAGCCUCGGAGUGACUUGGUGGAUCGGCUCGGGCCGCAUGGAGAACCUCAGGGUUCUGCUGAGGGAUCGGGCUGGUGUUCUGCUGAAGAACAUCACUCUGAAGAACAGCAGCACCUCGGCGGAGCUGGAUGGUCUGCGCCCAGGGACCCCGUACACCAUCACCGUGGUAACAGAAGCAGUCGGCCUUCAGAGCUCCGCCUCGACAGCAUCCGUCACAGAAACCUCGCUGAGCGUCCGGUGGAGUCGGCCGCUCGGACAAUGGGACGGCUUCACCGUGCUCCUCAGGUGGGCAACCGCCGCCGCCACCAUUGUAGAUCAGAGAGUCCUCGGCUGGGAGGCCAAAGAGUGCACGUUCAACAGCAUCACGCCUGGGGGCCAGUACACCGUUACCGUGACAACCAACAGCGGUAACCUGAGCAGUUCCGCCUCUGUGACGGCAUGGACCACUCCGGCUCAGGUCGGCGGGCUGCAGCUCUCCAACCUCGGCAGCACCGACAGUCUGCAGGCGCGGUGGGCGCCGGCCCCCGGAUACCUGGACUCCUACCAAGUCUUGCUGGUUCAUGACAGCAGCGUCAUCAAGAAUGAGAGCGUGAUGGCCAACGUCAGCAGCCUCAGCUUCCAGGCCCUGAGACCCGGCGCCCUGUACCGCGUGGUGGUGACCACGGUCAGAGUGGGACACACCUCCAGACAGACGGUGUCCGAGGGACGCACAGGUAAGAAACGCCAGCAGGGAACAACACGAGGGUGGAGUUGA